AUGUCUGAAGGACGGCGAGAACAUGAAUCUUCGCAGUCACUCUUGGACAGCAACACUUCCUGGAAGGUCUGGAAACGCGGCCGCGGACACACACCGAAGAUGGAGAAACAGCCCAAGAUGAACGCAUGGCAGCCCGGAUUCCUCCGCCGUAUACCUUGGGGCGGCAUUAGUUGUCUGUUCGGCGUGUUGUGCUGCAUUGUGGUGAACAUUGCGAUUCUGGCCACAUCGAAUGGAGCACCUAUCACCAGCUGGAAGUAUCCGCCUAGUUUGUAUCUCUCUGUGGCUUACACUCUUGGAAACAUCCUGCUUAGUGCGGCGUUCAGUCAAGGCUUGACAAUCUACUGGUGGCGCAAAGCUUUGAAGGAAGGCACCCAGCUGGGUGACCUCCAUCGAUACUGGGAUCAUGGCACGAGCCCCGUAGCAGCAGCGCUGGCGGGCAGAAACUUCAAUUUCAUCUCCUUCGCAGCAUUGUACUUGGCCAUCACUCCCAUCAAUGGACCUUUACUCCAGCGAGCAUCGACCACCAUGACCGACAGUCAGCGCUAUCUGUCCGACGACGUUCGUGUGAACGUGCCAGCUGUGACAUCUCUUCAGGAACCCAGUGGCCACACUUCUGGACGAGCCUACAUCGUAUCGAUGCUCGAUGCCAACUUCACUCCCAUUGUGCAGGACUGGAACAAGGGUUUGGACAUUGUCGUGAACCAUACUGACUGCGCUAGCGAUGGGAUCUGUUCUGGAACGUUACAAGCUGCCGGGCUCGCUGUCAGCUGUAAUUCGAGCACUGCGGACUUCGACCUUUCAUACACUUCGAGCGACGGAUCUGUCAACCAACAAUCCUUCGAUGGCCUUGACAUCUUUCAAGUGGACUUCUCUUGGUCGGCAAUGACUCCUUCGAACAUCACUCUGGAUCUGCAGUUCAAGCCUGAGAAAGACUGCUCCCAAGGGAAACUCGAGGUCAGAAAUUGUACCAUCGGUGCUGCCACCGUGGAGUAUCCUGUCACCAUCAAUGGCAACAAGUCAACGAUAGCCCUCGACCCAAACUCGAACAUCCACACCGAUCGCCUUUUAGAGCUUGUGGAGUAUACUCCUGAGACGAUGUACGGUCUGCCAUCUCCACUUGGUGGAUAUGCAUAUGCUCUCAGCUCCCGGCUCAACUCAGCUACGCGCCUCAGCUUUGCCGGGGCUGCUGGCUAUACCGUCUCGUCGGACGGCUCACUCGCAGCACAAUUCGCCGACCUGGACGAUGUGACUGACUAUACUUCUGGCAUGUGUUACACCAAGUUCACCGAUCCUACAGAGUAUCUCUUUGAACGCGCCCGCGACCUCAUGUUCCGAGCCGCCAUAGCACAGGGCAACGCCACUACACUCCAGGAGAUGCAGCAGACCAGCGAAGUACGAACCGUCACUGUCUAUCGCUCACACUUUGAGUACCUCGCCGGUGCAGUAGCAUUGACAUUCCUUGCUAUGAUAAUCGUCAUGUGCACUUUCAAUGGAUUCUGGCUGCUGGGAAGGAAUGUCACGAUGAGUCCAAUCGAAACCGCGAAGGCUUUCAAUGCUCCUCUUCUGGCACAGGAACAUCCUAAUGCAGAGGUGACUGAGCUUGUCAGAGGUGCUGGGAAUAAGCCAGUGCGGUAUGGUGAGGUCAUGGACUCGUCGCAGGCUGCGUUUGACAAGGGAAGUGAAUAUGGACAUGCGGACACUGUUGAGCUGAGGCAGUUGCCGCUAGCGAUCGACAACCCAGCGAAUGUGCAACCUUUGGGAAAGAGGAGGAAGUGA